AUGGGCUCAGCCGAUAAGAGACUUGAGAACUUGCAGAUCUAUAAAGUUCUUCAGUGUGUUCGGAACAAAGACAAGAAACAGAUAGAGAAGCUGACCAAAUUUGGGUACCCUGAACUAAUCAACUUCACAGAGCCCGUCAAUGGACAGAGUGCUCUACACUUAGCCUCGGUUUCCAAUGAUAUUGAUAUGGUUACCUUUCUCCUCAGCCUUAAUGCUCACCCCGAUGUGCAAGACAAGAUGGGUUGUACUCCAGCAAUGAGGGCUGCAGAACUGGGUCAUGAAUUGGCAAUGGAAAUAUUAGCAAAGGCAAAAGCUGAUAUGACUAUACUUGAUAAUGAAGGAAAAGGUAUUUUGUUUUACUGCAUUUUACCUACUAAACGGCAUUACCGCUGUACAUUGAUUGCCCUGGAGCAUGGUGCAGAUGUCAACAACUCUUCCUUUGAAGGAAAACCAGUGUUCUAUAGAGCUUGCGAAGAAGCACAUGCUGUUAAGGCUAUCUGCCUGAAAUUUUUGGAAAAAGGAGCCAAUCCAAAUUCUCUCUACCCACUCACUGGUCGCACGGCUUUAAUGGAAGCAUCAAGAGAAGGUGUGAUAGAAAUAGUUCGAGGAAUAUUGGAAAGAGGAGGGGAUGUCAACAUAUUUGACUUUAACCGAUAUCAUGCUGCACAUUUUGCUGCCAAAGGAGGCCAUUUUGAUAUUUUGAGGCUCCUUUUUGCCUAUGGUGGGGACCUGGGGCUAAUAGCGAUGGAUGGGAACACGCCACUUCAUCAUGCUGCUAUGGGUGGUUUCGCCGAUUGCUGUAGAUAUGUAGCUCAAAGAGGAUGUGACCUGAAAUGGAAGAAUAUAGAACAUAAGACCCCCAGGAUUAUUGCGAAGGAAGGCGGCUUCAAGGCUGCAAGCAAAGAAAUACUUCGAGCUGAGAGGAUAGCUAAUAGACUGGCCAAGCCUGGAGCCAAAAACCCUAAUCCCAUCUGGGCCCUUCGACUACAUGAUUGGUCAUUAGAGCAUGAAACUUACCUUCGGGAAGCCUUUGCCUUUGUGGACAGGGGCGAUGGGACAAUGAGCAAAGAAGACUUCGUGCUGGCCCUGGAGGAGAGGCAAGAAUACGCCACUUCGGAACAGCUAGCUUCCAUAGCUCAGAUGCACGAAAAGACCCGAGGCGGGGGAGUGAACAUCGAGGAGUUCUUUAAAGGCACCAGCUAUUUAGGCAAGACCUACGUCAUCGGCUCCUUUGGACCUAAAAAAAAGAAAAAAGGCCUGGGGAAGAAGGGAAAGCAAGGCAGGUUUGUCCUGCCCCUUCCAAUCUGCGUCAUUCCCGACGAGGCGUUCCCCCACCGGGAGGACGGCGGCCCACCUUAUUACCUGAUUGAGACCUACAAGAACGUAACCGACUGCAACCGUUUUAGCCGCGACCACCCGCCCGAACAUCCCGUUCAGGAUGACUCUGCUUGGUACAUCGAUGAGCCCGAGACCGAAUACACAAACAUCAAUUAUCUCACCAGGGCGGGAGAUCUGGCUUCCCUGAAAAAAGCGUUCGAAAAAGGAAUCCCCGUGGAUAUGAAGGACAAUUAUUACAAAACUCCACUAAUGACUGCAUGUGCAAGUGGAAACAUAGAGGCUGUCAAAUUUCUUCUUGAAAAGGGGGCUAAUGUUAAUGCAACAGAUAAUUUUCUGUGGACUCCGCUUCAUUUUGCUUGCCAUGCAGGUCAACAAGAUAUUGUUGAGCUUCUUAUUAAGUCGGGAGCUGUAAUAGAUGCACUUUCAAUCAAUAAUUCAACUCCUUUAAGUAGAGCCAUUGAGAGCUGUAGACUAGAUACUGUGAAAUACCUCCUUGAUGCUGGAGCUAAGAUCCAGUUGGAAAAUAGAAAAGGACACAAUGCCAUGGAUGUUGCAAAGGCAUAUGCUGACUUCAGAAUAAUUGGUUUGCUUAAAGAAAGGAUGGAUAAUAUGCCCAAGCCAGCAGAAAACCAAAAACUGAAAGGCAAGCCACCUCCUAAAUUGAAGACAGAAGGUCCUGAAGUUAAGGAAGAGGUAAGAAAAGGACCAUUAAUGUAUGCAAUUCCAUCAGUACAAGAAGAAAAGGAAAUACCAAAAGAUAAUGUGGUUUAUCUCAAUUCAUUGAUUACCAGUGGUUUUACUAAGAAAGUAGAUAUUACAUUUACUCCACGAAGGAUCUGGAGUCCUGAAGCCACCACAGCAGAGCUGAUUGAGAAGCGGGAGCUGCAGCGAGAGAGGUUCACCUAUGAAGUCGACUUUGAGGACUUCUUAAUGCCCUUCCAGAAGAGCAUCAAAGAAAAAGCGGAAGCAUUGGAGUCUGCCUUGAAAUAA